GGCGGCGGCAUGAAGGUCACGUCGCUCGACGGGCGCCAGCUGCGCAAGAUGCUCCGCAAGGAGGCUGCGGCGCGCUGCGUGGUGCUCGACUGCCGGCCCUACCUGGCUUUCUCCGCGUCCAGCGUGCGCGGCUCGCUCAACGUCAACCUGAACUCGGUGGUGCUGCGCAGGGCCCGCGGCGGCGCCGUGCCCGCCCGCUACGUGCUGCCCGACGAGGCGGCGCGCGCGCGGCUGCUGCAGGAGGGCGGCGGCGGCGUGGCGGCCGUGGUGGUGCUGGACCAGGGCAGCCGGCACUGGCAGAAGCUGCGGGAGGAGAGCUCCGCGCGCGUCGUGCUCACCUCGCUGCUGGCCUGCCUGCCCGCCGGCCCGCGGGUCUACUUCCUCAAAGGGGGAUAUGAGACCUUCUACUCACAGUAUCCUGAAUGUUGUGUGGAUGUAAAGCCCAUUUCACAAGAGAAGGUUGAAAGUGAGAGAGCAUUUCUCGGCCAGUGUGGAAAGCCCGUGCUCAGCGUCAGCUACAGGCCAGCUUACGACCAGGGUGGCCCAGUGGAGAUCCUUCCCUUCCUCUACCUUGGAAGUGCCUACCACGCAUCUACGUGUGAGCUCCUCGCCAACCUGCACAUCACAGCCCUGCUGAACGUCUCUCGGCGGACCUCUGAGACCUGCGCGACGCACCUUCACUACAAGUGGAUCCCUGUGGAAGACAGCCACACAGCUGACAUUAGCUCCCAUUUCCAGGAAGCAAUAGACUUCAUUGACUGUGUCAGGGAAAAGGGUGGCAAGGUCCUGGUCCACUGUGAGGCUGGGGUCUCCCGGUCACCCACCAUCUGCAUGGCUUACCUCAUGAAGACCAAGCAGUUCCGCCUGAAGGAAGCCUUUGAUUACAUCAAGCAGAGGAGGAGUGUGAUCUCUCCCAACUUUGGCUUCAUGGGCCAGCUCCUGCAGUAUGAGUCUGAGAUCCUGCCUUCCACGCCCACCCCCCAGCCACCCUCCUGCCAAGGGGAGGCAGCCGGCUCCUCAUUCCUAGAUCACUUACAGACACUGAGCCCUGACGUGCAGGGUGCCUACUGCACAUUCCCUACCUCGGUGCUGGCACCAGUGCCCACCCACUCAGCAGUCGCAGAGCUCCACAGGAGCCCUGUGGCCACAGCCACAUCCUGCUGAGAUCCGGGUGGAGGUAGCAGCCUGGCCCCAAGAGCAACUGUGAUUUUGUUUCCUUCCUUUUUUUUUUUUAACUUGUGGACAUUUCAUACCUGUGCAAUACUGAAGACCUCUCUCUGUCCCGCUGCCCCAGUGAGAUGGUGAGUGGUCACCAGGCUUGCAGAUGAACUUCAGACUGACCUCGAGGAUGGGUUCUUGGGACCGGAGGAAGGACAAGCCAUGAUCAUAGCACAGCGUGUGCUAACUACUGUACUUCCAGACCCUCUGCCCACUCAGGACCACCCAGUCCUUGCACCUCAGAAGUUCGCCUUUUCAUUUCAAGCAUAAGGCAAUAAAAACCCGCAGCAACGUGGGGACGAGAAGCUGCUGGGUCACGAGAAAAGGCCACGGUGAAGCCAAUUCACUUUGAAGGAAGCACAAUUUCCACCUUGGGUUUUGAACUUUGGUGAUCUUGAUGUCUGUUCUCUGUUGCUUCAGGGCAUAAGCUGAUCAGGAAAAUAACCCUACUGGGUUUGUGGGGACACGACUAUAUGCCAGUUCAAACCCAGAAGUGUUUUUGAGAUUCCAUUUUGGAGUCCAGUGGAGGCUAUAAGGAGUAAGACAUGGACUCUUCUGGGUUUCUUUUUUCACUGUGGGUUCUCCCUUGACCUUGAACUUUGGCAUGGUUUUUAUUCAUACUUGAACCUGUCUCGUUGCAUCUCUCUUCAACCCAACUCUGCUGUCAUUUGAAGAGUGUUUUUCAGACCCUAGGCAAAAAAAGAAAAGAAAAAAACCACCCCUCUGAGGUGGUGACAGUGGAUGCCCAUAGACACAGGAUACACACUGAGUUCUGGGUCAGGGACGUUGAGAAGUUGUUCCUCAACUUGGUGUCCUGUGUGCUUGUGUGUUGUCUCUUGUGACACUUUUCUCCCUGCCCCUGGGGCUUGUCUUCAAAUUCCUAACUAUUGGGAUUUGCAUAUUUUUCAAUCUGGUACUACUUCUGUCUGUAGGUUAUUUCUCCAGGGGAAAAGGCAAUAAUUUCCUCAGACCCAAGUGAAUGUGAAGAAAGCAGUAUGUUACUGAUUUGUUUUGUUGUUGUUUUUUUA